CCGUCCGCCGCCGCCGAGCUCAUGGCGCAGAGCGCGCUCGGGCAGCCGACCGUCAUGGCCGUCAACGGGCUCGUCGCGCUCGGCACCAACAAGGGCUGGGUCCUCGUCUUCGACUUUGCGCAGAAUUUGCGCUGCGUGUGCGGCACCGAGGCCAUCGUGACGGCCGUCGCCGUCUCGCAGGACCACACGUUCAUCGGCGUCGGCCACGAGACGGGCCACAUCCACCUGUACGCGCUCGUCAAGCCCGCACAGCCGGCUCGGUCGGUCCCUCCUGUCGAGCUGCAGCAGGUCCUCGCCGGUCGCAAGGAGGGCCACAUCGGCGGGUCCAAGAUCCUCCAUCUCGGCUUCGUCGGCGCCCGCCACACCGCCAUCGUGUCGUCCGACGACCGAGGGCUCGCCUUCUACCACUCGUUGGGCAAGGUCCUCAUGCUCGCGUCAACCGACAUCAUCCGCAUGCUCGGCCAGUACCCGGACCCGAGCAACCUCCUCGCCAACCCCGCGCCGCCUUCCCCUGCGCCUCGACGCCCUCGCCUCUCCCUCAAGCCGGCCGUCGUCCUCGACAUGGCGCCGCUCCCGCUGGGCCCGGCGCCGCAUCCGCCGACGGACGGCCUGUCGCUCAUCGCCCUCCUCACGCCGACCAAGCUCGUCGUUGUCGGCUUGCGCCCGGCGCCCCGCACGUGGUACCGCGUCGGCUACUCGCACGACGGCGAUGGCGACGGCGACGAGGCGCGAGGGUACGCGGCGCGAGGCGUGCUCGCGUGGUGGCCGAGCGCGCGACGAGCAGGGACGGACGCGGCGGCGCAGGACGAGGGGCGGGAGCAAGUGGACGUCGAGCGGAAGAGGGAGGCCGAGGAGCCCGGCGAGGACCCGCUGCUCGUGUGGGCGUGGGGCAGGCGGGUGCACCUCGUGCGGCCGCUCCCGCCGCCGCCCGAGAGCGUCGACUUCGAGCAGAUGGACGGGUGGGUGUGCGACGCUCCGGUCGUGGCGCUCAAGUGGUACAACGAGCGUAUCGUCAUCACCUUUACGAUCGACAGCUUCGAGGUCUACGACGUCUCGACCCGACAGCGCCUCGGCCGUGACGCUCACGUCCUCGACAACGUCGUCUCGACCGACCACUACUCGUCGGCGUUCGACCCGGCUGUGCGGCCCGCCGAGACGGCGUCGUACGCUACGAGCCUCGCCGGCACCACGGACGUCCGAGUCGGCGCCAUCCUGUCGUGGGCCGACCGCAUCCUGUCGCUCAUGCAGCCGGGCACCAUGCUCGACGCGAUCGAGACGGCGACGGCCUACCUCGAGGGCCAGGUCGACGCGAGCACGAUCUCGCUGCCGGACGACCCGGUCGCGCGGCGCGAUGUCCUCGAGCCCAAGCUGCGCGAGAUCCUCAACGCGUCGCUCGAGUACGCCUUCUCCGAGGACCGCCUGCGCGACGGCAGCCACGCCGACGGCGAGACGAUCCAGCACUUGUUCGAGGGCCUCGUCGGCACAUGCGCCCGGGCCUGCCUCGCGCUCAACGACCCGGACUGGCUCUUCGACGAGCUGUUCGAGCGGUACGAGCAGAACGGCAUCGAGGGCAUCUUCCUCGACCGCGUCGAGCCCUUCAUCCUCGCCGGCGCCGUCCACGCCCUCCCGCCGUCCGUCAGCCAGCGCCUCAUCGCCAUCCACGCCGAGCGCCGGCAGCUCGACGCCGCGCAGCGCAUCAUCUUCAGCGUCGAGCCGCAGAACCUCGACCUGAACCAGGUCCUCGGCCUGUGCCAGCGCGAGCAGCUGUACGACGCCCUCAUCCACGUCCAGACCCGGGCGCUGCACGACUUUGUCGCGCCCCUCGUCGAGCUCGUCGAGCUCGUGCGUCGCAUCCAGCAGCACCGCACGCAGCGGCCGAGGCGCAUCGGCGAGAACGGCGACGCGCACUCGGACGAGGGCAGCGGCGGCGACGACGACGAGCUCGAGGACCACGGCGGGCUGUGGCGCAGCGCGUACAAGGUGUUCGCGUACCUGUCGCGCCAGCUCGUCGGGCUGUCGUACCCGGUCGGCGACGCCCUCUCGUACGACGAGGCCGUCCGCGCUCGUGACGCCAUCUACGGCUUCCUCCUGUCGGGCACGACGCGCAGCUGGCCCGAGAAGGGCGGCAAGCCCGUCCUCACGUCCGACGCCGGCGCCGGCGCGCCCGAGCCGCCGUACCCGUACCUGCGCCUUCUCUGGCGGUUCGACGCCGAGGCCAUGCUCGACACGCUCGACCUCGCCUUCGAGGACCCGUACCUCGACGAGGACGACGAGGACCUACUCACGACGAGUCGGCGCCCGGCAACGCGGCAGCGCAUCGUCGACCUCCUCCUCGAGAUCAUGUCGCCCUCGUCGGCGCCUCACGGCGACGACGCCGACGGCUUUUCCCUCGUCGACCGCACCUUCCUCCACAUCUUCGUCGCCCGCAACCUGCCCAAGUACCCGCAGUACGUCUCGCUGCCCGUCGGGACCCUGCGCGACAUCCUCGUCAGCCUCGCGACCGACACCGACCAGAGCACCGUCGAGGACCGCCAACUCGCCGCCGAAUACCUCCUCUCGACCUAUACCCCUGCCGACAGCGAUACCUUCAUCCCCCUCUUCGAGCGCGCCGGCUUCUUUCGCAUCCUGCGCUCGAUCUACCGCGGCGAGCGCCGCUGGUCCGCCCUCGCCGCCACGUACCUCGCCGACCCGGACGUCGCGUCCGACGUGUUCGGCUUCCUCCGCGAGACGUUCAAGCUCGCGUCGCGGGCGUCGGGCGCGCAAAAGGCGCAGCUCGCCGACACGGUCCUCGAGGCGGUCCCGACGCUCGUCGAGGCCGACGAGACGGGCCUGCAGCAGACGGCCGAGCUCGUCGACUCGUACCUCCCGACUCGUCACGCCGAGGUCGUCGACCGCCUCGCGUCGCACUGGCGGGCGUUCGCCUACCUGCGGUGCCUCCUCGAGCCCGCCCACGCCGGCCUCGUCGAGUCGACCUCGGCCGCGAGCGAGCGCGUCCCCUCGCCGCAUGUCGACCUCGCCCUGCGCCGUCGAUACGUCGUCCUCCUGUGCGCCCACGAGCCGCAGCACGUCAUCCGCUUCCUCCGCACCGACGCGCACCGCCUCGCCCAGGACGCCGACGUGCUCGAGAUCUGCGAGCGCGCCGAGUCGUUCGACGCACUCGUGUGGGCUCUCGACAAGAACGGCGAGCCCGAGGCGGCGCUCGAGCGGGCCGACGAGGCGCUCGAGUCGCGCACAGACCUCCUCGUGCAGCGUCUCGUCGGCGGCGACGGCGACGACGACGCGCAGGACGGCGGGUCCGUCCAGCCCUCACGCUCGCCCGAUGCGCUCCUCGAGCAGGUCGCUGCGGUCGCGAGAGCGGCCACGGCCGUGUGCGUCCACCGCACGUCCGGGCGGCGGCGGCCCAAGGACCCGCCGGCCGAGGACCUGUGGUACCGCCUCCUGUCGUCGCUCGUCGCCACCGUGCGCUCGAUCCGCUCGGUUGCACCCACGUCAUCGGCCGACAAGGCGUCGUCGCACCGCCGCGUCUCGAACGCGUCCAUGAUCAUCCUUUCGUCGCUCAUCCCGAGCGCGCUGUCGGCCCUCGUGUCGACCACGUCGUCGCACGAGGUGUCGUUCCCGAGCUUGAUGCGCCGGCUCAUCGAAUCGAACUCGCGCUCGUCCGCCGCCAACCGGUCGUACGCCGAGUUUAAGGCCAUCGUGACGUCGAUGCUCGACACGUACGCGUUCGAGGGCGACCUGCUCGAGCUGUCGUCGACCAUCUCGGCGCAGGACCUGUUCGAGCACGUCGAGGCGUUCAAGCGCGAGCGAUACCGAGGGUGGCGCCCGGGCGCCAACGACCCGUCAGGCGCGUGCGCCGAGUGCCUGCAGCCCGUCUGGGGGCCGCACGGCGCCGGGACGUCGCCGGCCAUGUCGCGCUCGGCGAGCGUGUCGCUCGUCAUCGAGUCGCUCGGCAUGAACGACGAGCGGCCGCGGAUGAAGAAGCGGCCGUCGCUCAAGGGCAAGGAGGUCGACUGGCCCGAGCUGCCGGGUGCGUCGGCGAGCGGGUUCAGGAGCGUUGCGAGGCCGGAGCAUGAGCCGCCGCGAGGAGUGGUCGUUGGGAGGGACGGCCGGCUGUUCCACCAGACCUGUCACCUCUUGCGCUCGUACGAGUAGAUCCAGCACCUGCAUCGUCGCACAAUCUAGACUC